AUGAUUACCGGGAUGCGUCCAGUGCCCGGUCGCACUUCGGGGAGGCGGCUUGUGUUUUGGCUGAAAAUUCAGCGUUGCGGGCUUCAUGUACGCAACCCCGGAAAACUUAACAUGAGCUCCAUUGCAGCUGGUAAAGCUAAGAGGAUGGGGGGUAAUGUAUCAGAGGAUGCCAACGACCUUCUGAUUCGAGGCGGAUUCCUUCGGCAGGCCUACUCCGGUGUCUUCCAUCUUCUUCCUCUCGGACUUCGAGUGCAGGACAAGCUAGAGGGUCUUAUUGACAGACAUAUGCGUGGAUUGGGAGCAUCCAAGGUCUCUUUAUCCUCAAUUUCAUCACAGGAGCUGUGGGAGCAGUCUGGCCGACUCACCGAAGGCUCCGAGGUUUUUAGAUUUCACGAUCGAAAAGACACUCGUUUCCUUCUCGCUCCUACCCACGAAGAAGAAAUUACUAGUCUCGUUGGGAGUUUGACCACAUCGUACAAGAGUCUUCCUUUACGGGUGUAUCAAAUUACAAGAAAGUAUCGCGAUGAGCCCCGACCGCGACAAGGUCUACUUCGUGGCCGUGAAUUUGUCAUGAAGGAUCUCUAUACAUUUGACUACAACGUCGAGGAAGCCCUCAAAACUUAUAAGUCUGUGAAACACGCCUACACUCAGCUGUUUGACGAGCUCAAGAUCCCCUAUCUUGUUGCUGCCGCAGAUUCUGGAAACAUGGGCGGCAGUCUCAGCCAUGAGUUCCAUUUCGUCAGCACCAAGGGUGAAGACCGCGUGGUGAACUGCUCAGGAUGUGAUAAUGUGUAUAAUGAGGAACUUGCAGAUGGCCAGAUGCACAACUUCAACGAGUCUGCGAGCCAAAGCGCUGCCCCAGGCUUCCAAACAGAAGACGCGCCGGCGGAAGGCGGCACAACUAUAUCGAAUGGCAUGUGGAUGGCCAUUUCGCACGAUGGUAGUACUCUUCUCCGGGGCUGGUACCCCAAGUACUCUAUGCAGAAUGACACAAUAGAACCUGUCGAAAGACAGGUCAAUUCGCACGCUGUUAAGGCAAUUGCCACAGCGGCUGGAGUUGAUCUCGAUUUGAGUGUUGAGAACCCGUUAGCAAAGUGGACUGCACUUGUUCAAUCGGGUGCUUCUACGCAAAAGCCGCGUGUUUUGGAUCUCUAUGACUCCCAAGUGCGAGUCUACCAGCGUCCCCCGUUGAGCGAUUUGCUUCAGCAAGCCGGCUACACUGCUGAAGAUAUCCAGUACUCGAUGCUGGACCGAUUCCCUGGGACCGAGAACAAGCUGAGCCUUGUGCGCGUCCACGACGGAGACCGAUGCUCACAAUGCGCGGACGGACAUUUGACAAGUAAUCCCGCUGUCGAGUUGGGCCAUACCUUCCACUUGGGCACUCGGUACAGUGAAGUACUCAAUGCCUCUGUGUCCGUCAGCCCUGCAGCGCUACAAGGGUCUUCUACCACAGAGGUGCAAUCUACCAAGGAACAGAUUGUGCCGAUGCAAAUGGGUUGCCACGGAAUUGGCGUCUCUCGCUUGGUCUCGGCUGUAGCCAAUCGUUUGUCGGACUCCAAGGGUUUGAAUUGGCCUCGCGCAAUUGCUCCUUAUGAGGUGCUUGUCGUUGCUGGCAAGGGAAUGGAUUCUGUUGCAGAGCAGGUCUACGAUAAUCUCACAUCUAACUCAAAGCCUGUGGACACCCUUUUGGAUGACCGUGACAAAGGAAUGGGAUGGAAAUUAGGUGAUGCAGACCUCAUUGGGUACCCGGUCAUUGUGGUUGUUGGAAAUGGCUGGAAGAACAAGCAGACACUAGAAGUUCAGUGCCGACGUCUGGAUGUGUGUCAGGACGUGUCUCUGGAACAGUUACCCUCAUUUGUCGAGGGUCUUCUCUCACAGCUGUGA